GGCGUCGUGGGUUUGACUUUCCUGGCAGUGCCCUCGGACCGCUGAGCUGCUCCGGUCAAUUGGCGUCGUGGGGGGAAGAGCCCCCCGCUCCUGGCUCCUCUCGAACCCGGCCCCUGCGCCCGGCCUGCUUUCGGGAUGGAUCUGCUGCAGAAGAGCAAAUACAACCACCUGCGAAACGACUCCCUCUCGUCCCUGGAAGAGGCGUCCGGAGCGGCGGAGGGGGACUCUCCUUCCGAGCCCGUGGCGGCCGCCCGGUCCCUUCCGAGCUCCCUGUCCUCCUCUUCUCUCAGUCCCAUGCUCCCCUUGGGCGAGCUGUCCUCCGAGUCCGAGGACAGCCCCACCACCCUCUGCUCCUUCUUCCCCAAAAUGGCCAGCCUCAAACUCUCCAACCCCUCGGCCCUGCUCAGCCUCCGGGCCUUCUCCAAAGAGGCCCCGGGCGGUGGCGGCACGGCGGCGGGGGAUCCUCCCGUGGUCGCCACCGCCGUCCCCCCCAGCCCGGACUCAAUGGGGGCCGUCCCUGUCUAUUCCCAGGAUAUGAACAAGCUGAGCUGCGGCAAGAAGAUGCGGGUGGAAGGCGGCCAGUUGGGCGGCGACGAGUGGACGCGGCACGGCAGCUUCGUCAACAAGCCCAGCCGGGGGUGGCUGCACCCCGACGACAAAGUGAUGGGCCCCGGAGUCUCCUACCUCGUCCGGUAUAUGGGCUGCGUGGAAGUGCUGCAGUCCAUGAGGGCGCUGGACUUCAACACAAGGACUCAAGUCACAAGGGAGGCCAUUGGAUUGGUCUGUGAAGCAGUGCCCGGUGCCAAGGGAGCUGUCCGCAGGAGAAAGCCCUGCGGCCGUUCGCUCAACUCCAUCCUCGGCAAGAGCAACCUGAAGUUUGCCGCCAUGCCCAUCACGCUCACCAUCUCCACCAGCAGCCUCAACCUCAUGGCGUCCGACUGCAAACAGAUCAUUGCUAACCAUCACAUGCAGUCGAUUUCUUUCGCGUCUGGAGGGGAUCCGGACACUGCCGAGUACGUCGCCUACGUCGCCAAAGACCCCGUCAAUCACAGAGCCUGCCACAUCUUGGAGUGCCCCGAAGGGCUGGCUCAGGACGUCAUCAGCACCAUCGGGCAGGCGUUCGAAUUGCGCUUCAAGCAGUACCUCAAGAACCCGCCCAAGCUUGUUACUCCCCACGACAGGAUGGCCGGCUUUGACGGCUCCGCUUGGGACGAAGAAGAGGACCUGCCGCCCGAUCACCAAUACUACAACGAUUUCCCCGGGAAGGAGCCACCCCUGGGCGGCGUGGUCGACAUGCGCUUACGGGACGGAGCUGCAGCAGCCCAGACACCCAACCACCUGGGAGCCACCCUGCCAGUGGGCCAGGUGGCCAGUGGGGAUUAUGACACCAGGAAGCCGCCCCCCGCUGCUCAAGGAAAGGAGAGAUAUCCCACCACCACUGGCCCAUCUGGGCGGACGGAACUGUUCGAUGACCCCUCCUACGUCAACGUGCAGAAUCUGGAAAAGGCACGGCAGGCUGGUCUGAGUGCCACAGCCAAUGGCAGCGUACAGAGAGAUCUCUUUGACAUGAAGCCCUUUGAGGACGCCCUGCGUGUGCCUCCCCCUGCUCCCCCAGCCCAGCUGGUGGCGUCCAUGGAGGAGCAACUGCGCCGAGAGCCCUGGUAUCAUGGCCGGAUGAGCCGCAAAGAGGCUGAGAAGCUGCUGCAGGCCAAUGGGGACUUCCUCGUGCGGGAGAGCACCACCACGCCGGGCCAGUACGUGCUGACCGGCCUGCAGGGGGGACAGCCCAAGCACCUGCUCCUUGUCGACCCCGAAGGAGUGGUCCGGACAAAGGACCACCGCUUCGAGAGCGUCAGCCACCUCAUCAGCUACCACAUGGACAAUCGGUUGCCGAUCAUCUCGGCGGGCAGCGAACUCUGCCUGCAGCAGCCCGUGGAGCGGAGGUCGUGAGAGGCCAGGGGGGCCGGGCGCGCCGUCCCCACCCCCAGCACUGCCUUUUCCUUCCGGCUGCCCCUCCCAGGCUGGCCCGCCUUCCGUGGCAUCCCACUCCUCGGCCAGCCGCACCGCGCAGGCCCCUGCGCCCGCCUCGCCAGGGCGUCGCGGCUCCUAUCUGGACUUACGGCAAGAAGGAAGCCAUUUCUGCCAAAGCCACCUCUUUCCUGAGCUGGAACCCCGCCCGGUUCGGGAGCGGACGUUCAUCUGAUCGCUUCCCCCUCCUUUUACUGCUCGCACAGUUCUUCGUUUGUCACAAAAAGAAGGCCGGGAGUAAACUUUCCCUCCGUUUUGCGAAGCGUCUGCAGGGUGGUCGUCCUCAGCGAGGGGGCUCAACUGUUUUACUUUUCCUGUCCCCCCCCCCCCGCACCCCCCAGAUUCAACGCUGACGACAUUUUUCUUCUCUGCCAGGAGCCUUCAGAAGCGACGCUGUCUGCUCCCGGUCCCGUAAGUGGCCAGACGGGAGUUGCUGAUUUCUUCUUUCUCAAGCGGUGCCCCGUUGAAUCUUCUUCCUGGGGAGUCAGCCAUGCCAAAGUCCCUCAUUAUAUUGAGGGGGGGGGAGAGGGGAAGCUGACCCUCAAAGCACAAAAAGAGGGCCAGCUGCCCUGUCCCCAAAUAUGUAAGCCCCCAGCUCCAGCCCCACUUUGACAUAUUAACUCUGUGUGCCUUGACCCUUUUACAGGUCUGAGAUUUUAUGCAAAACCCUCUCCUGUGGUGGCACAAACUUGGCCUGUACUUUUUUGUUUGUUUGUUUUCGGAGGGGAGAGAACAGCGGGCAAGGAUAACUUUUUCCCCACCAUUAGCCAGAGUCUCCAUAUCCGCUGCUCCGGCCUCCCGUGCAAAGGCCGGCUGAGAUCUCCUCUAAGCUGGAGGGGAAGGGGAUUUCCUCUGGACUAGAACACCCGACACUACGCUUCCUCUGCCCGCCCCCCUGCCCCGCCUUCGAAAGAAGCACAGAGUCUCAGCAAGCGGAGAGUCCCGCCGCGUAAAGGGAUGCUCUCCUGGCACGAAGGGCGAAACCCCAGUGCGAGGCAGCGAACUCAGGUCGACAGGGUUUCCAGAGCACCCGAAGGGCCUUGGGGGGAGGGAAGCGGGCGGGGCCUUGCACUGCUCCGCCCACUCCCCCCUCCCUUUCCUUUCCCUGGUCUGUACAUAACGUUUGAUAACCUCAUCUUGCAUGUAGAUUGUUAUACUCCAGAAGCCAAAGUGUAGGCCCGAAAUCCACCCCCACCCCCGUUAUCACUGUGCCUGCCCCACCUCGCGGUGGGGCUCCGUUUUCACCUCACUCCCGUCCCCAAGUGCCCCCCCUUCACUACACACUCUUUGUAUCGAUUUGAUUUUAUCUUGAUUAUACCAAAGGAACCCAAUGGUUAUUAUUAAAGUUGGUAUUUCUUUA